UUUUUUUUCAGUGUAGUAUCAUCAUUAUUACGGACGGAUAUAAAAGCGAGAAUCGCCGAAAAAAGAAUUAAAUUAACACUUGAGAAACGGACAAACGAAUUAAAUUGCAAAAAUGGUAUUAAAAGUCUAUGUCAGCGGUAUGUCCGGUAACAAGGAGGUGAAGAAACGCCAACAGCGUGUUCUGAUGAUCUUGGAUAGCAAGAACAUCCAAUAUGACACUGUGGAUAUCACAGAGCCCGGCAAGGAGGGUGAAAAGGAGUUAAUGCAAAACAAAUCGACCAGCAAUGGUGGCACAGUCAGUGAUCCUGAGCCAAGGCAUCCAUUGCCACCGCAAAUAUUUAACGAUGAGGAAUAUUGCGGAGAUUACGAUGCCUUCGAUAUGGCCAAUGAGAUUGACACACUGGAGGUGUUCUUGAAACUGGCCCCUGCAGAUACGACAGCGGUGAGCAGUGCUCAGAUUGAAUUGAAACAGGAGAACGGUGAGGCGAAGAAGACGGAGGAGACAGCGGAGGACGAGGAAACGAAGUCACCAGCAGCCACAGAAGAUACGGAAACCAGUGGUGAUGCAGAUGCUGCUGCGUCUGCUGCCAAUGGUGAUUCGGCCGAGAAGCCAGAGAAAAAUGACGAAGAUGGCAAUGACGAGGCCGAGGGCGAAGUCAAGGACAAGGGUGAGGACGAUGAAUCCUCUGAUGCUGUCGAUGUCGAUAAAAAAGAUGGGGAUAGCGAAGAAAAGACUGAAACCGUCGAAGGUGAAGGUGAUGUAGGAUCUGAGCCCAAAGUAACAAACAAUGACGAGGAGGCUAAGCAAACGGACACAACAGACAAAGAGGAUGACGAUGACGAGGACGGCGGUUCAAAGGAUGGCGAAGAUGAUGCCGAAAAGGAGGAGAAAUCCAAGGAGGAUGAGGAGACGAAGGAAGAGAGCGCUGAAAAGGUAAAGGAAGAGGAGGAUAAUAAAGUAGACUCCGAUAAGAAUGAAGAAGAAACAAAAUCAGACGACGAUGAGGAGGAUGUAGAUAAAGAAGAAGAUGGCGAAGAAACGAAAAAGGGAGAAGAGGAGACAACAGAUAAAGAGCCAAAAGCCGAAGAAGAUGCCAAAGAAGCUGAAUCCACAGAAAAAACAGAAAACGAUGAGUCCGAUAAGAAGGAAACGGAAGAAGAGGAAUCUGCCAAAACAGACGAAGCUGAAAACGAAGAUUCUGAUGAAAAGAAAACUGAAGAAGAAAAUCAAGAAGAUGAACCCGCCAAAAUAGAGGAGCAACAAAGCGAAGAAUCUGAUGAGAAGAAAACGGAAGACAUAGUAAAGGAAGAAACCGAAAAGGAAAAUGAAUCAAAAGAAGAGAUCGAUGCUGCGACUAAAGAGUCUGAAAACGAUAACGAUGAGAAGAAAGAUACAGAUGAAAUAACAGCAGCACCCGCUAAAGAAGCCUCCUCCGACGAAUCUUCUGCCGAAGAGAGUGAAACCGACGAAUAAUAGUGUCAAGGAAACUCAAUGAAAUGGAAAACCGUUGCAAAAGAAACUAAACAUGAUCAUAACCAUUCACCCCCAACGCACACGCACAUACAUGCCUACACCCACGCACAUUCAUGCACAUUACAAGUAAAAUAAUGUAAAUAAAAACAAAAAAACAAACAACAACAAGAA